AAAACAAAAUGGGUGGCGCCAAAGCUUGACAACAAAGCGGCUGUUUGCUGCCUGUAACGGACAGUAAACAAAAUCUCUGCUCCGUUUAAGUUUGGUGCCCACAAGUAGGUCCGAAUUAAACGACGGCGUGGAGAGGAGUUUCGCAGUUCACAGUUGGAAACGUUUCCGUUGGAGCUGUCAAAUGUCACCAUGGCUUCGAAGACAGACCAACUUCUUAUCGUUGUGUCCAUCCUGGAAGGUCGUCACUUCCCGAAGACUCCCCGGCUCAGUCUGGUGGUCCAGGCGAGUUUUGAUGGUGAGCACCUUGCAACAGACCCUGUGGAGCACAUAGACCAGCCUCAGUUCAGCACCGAGCUGGCCUGGGAGCUGGACCGCAGGACGCUGCACCAACACAGACUGCAGAGAACUCCCAUCAAGCUUCAGUGUUUUGCGGUUGACCCUGUGAGUAAGAGGAGAGAGAGUGUGGGCUACAUCGUCCUGGACCUCCGGUCUGUACAAGAGGUCAAACAGGAGCCUCGCUGGUAUCCAUUGCUGAGCAGUAAAUACAUCAAGCAGAGACCAGCCCUCCUCCUCAGCAUGGUGCUGGAAAAUGACAACAAGCCCUCCGAACCUUCACCUGAUAGGUUCAAAGCCAAGAAGGCCCCGCCCCGAAAAGGUUCUCCUGCAGUAACUGACCUGCUCCCAGAAAACCUGGAGGCUGCACUGAUCCCAGACCAGGGCUACCAUCAAGUCGGACCUGCAGAUCACUGCUCUGACAUGUUUGUCCUGUCCGUCACUGUGGCAUUUGCUACCAAACUAGAACAGUUGAUCCCGAGCACUAUGAAACUGUCAGCGGAGGGGUCGGAGUUCUUCUUCUACUACUCUUUACUGGGGAAUGACAUCACCAGUGAGCCUUUCCACAACCUGCUGAGCCCAGACUUCGAGCCGGAGCGCGCUUCUGUGCGCAUCCGCAGCAGCAAGCAGGUCCUCCAGGCCUUCCUGUCUCAGCAGCCCAGUUUACAGAUCCACCUGUGCUGUGGGAAUCACUCUCUGGGCAGCACAGACGUUUCUCUCUCAGCUCUGGCUGCUGUUUCUGUGGAUCUGGAGAACAAGGCAGCGACGGUGGAGGGAGCGUUUAUACUCCAACCACCUAAACACAUCAAACAGACGCUGCCGGCUCUCCCCACUGACCUGCAACCGACCUUGGGGGUGGCUGUCACCCUCAGGAGGGAGGAGGUCACACCACAGUUUUUAGGGAAUAAAGGAAGUGGAGCUCAGGCACACUCCAACCCUGCUCCUUCCGGUCCGCCUGCUAAACAGAGACCUCGAAGCUCCUCUCCAGUCCCAAAACCUCCCGACUCUUCUCCUCCUGGUCCUUCUCUUCCUCCACCUUCCUCUCAUACAGAGAGCGAAGCAGAGAGCCUGCUGGAGGAGCUGCGACACAGCAAAGAGCAGGCAGGACGUGCAGCUGCAGAUUUGGAAGUUCCUGCGCGGCAGCCCAGUCCGACUGUAGCUACAGCAGAAGGCGGCGCAUCAUCUGUCAGCGUCUCUGCUCCCAAAGUGUCCAUCCCCUCCUCCGCCCGUCACUACUGUUUCUCUCUGGACCUCCGCAGCCUGGGAAACCUCAGCCUGACACACCCCAUCGCUGCUACACUCAGGUAUUCAUAUCAGUUCUUUGGCAGUGCAGCUCCCAUCAUGACCAACCCUCCUGUGGAGCUGCAGAGGAACAUGGAGGUGUCUCUGCCUCAGUCCUACUGUGCGUUCGACUUCGCCACUCUGCCACAACAACUCCAGGACACCUUCCUCAGAGUUCCUCUGGUGGUGGAGGUUUGGCACAGAGACUCCACCAGCAGAGACCAGCUGAUCGGACGAGCCUCCAUCCAGCUGUCUCACCUGUUGAACUCUGAGAGGAGCAGAUUCCUGGCAUCAACAGGAGAGCAGGGCUGGAGACAAACUCACCAGGACCGGAUCCCUGUCGUCCAAAGACAUCGACCUGCUGAAAAGGUGGCAGAGUUAAGCUAUGUGGCAACACUGGAAGACCUGGGAUUGGUCAAAGCCAGAGAAGUCCUCGUGUCUGACUCUUCACAGAAUGAACCUGAAGUCCCCACACAGCCAUCCUCCCUCCCUGCAGCCCUGAGACCUGCUGCCCCCAGCCUGAACCCCACCCCCCUGGGUCCCACGCCUCCAACCGCCCCCAGAGACACCCUGGAGUACCGCACGGCCCUGGAGCUGGAGCUGUGGAAGGAGGAGCAGGAGGAUCUGUUUGGUGAUCAGUUGAGGAAGAAGGAGCUGAGCCACAUGCAGGCUCUAGCAGAGGAAUGGAGGAGGAGAGACAGAGAGAGAGAGGCUCUAGUCAAGAAGAAGGAACUGGAGUAUAAUCUGCUGGAGGAGCAACUUCAGAAGACUUUGUCCGAUCUGGAGAAAAGAGAGAAACAGCUGGUUGAGGCCGAGCAGGAGACUCAGAGGCUGCAGAGGGAGCUGCGGGCCGAGCACAGUCUGACCCAGAGGGAGCUGCAGGAGAGCGGCAGGAGGCUGCAGCAGGAGUGUGACCACCGGGUGGCGCUGGAGAGAGACAAAGUCCGGCUGAUGGAGGAGGAGAGAGGCCGGCUGCUGCAGCAGAUUGCAGACGGGGAGUCUCGGUAUAAGCAGCUGGAGAAAGAGUUCCAGCUCUACAGAGAACAACAGAACGUCAGACCUGAGUUCAGACUGCAGUCAGAGAUCAACCUACUGACUCUAGAGAAGGUGGAGCUGGAGAGGAAGCUGGAGUCUACCACCAAGUCCAAGUUGCACUACAAGCAGCAGUGGGGGCGCGCCUUAAAGGAGCUGGCCAGGUUCAAACAGCGGGAGCAGGAAAACGCCAUGACGCGUCUGAAGAAACAGCAGGCGGAGCUGGAGGCCAUGAGGCUGCGUUACCUAGCUACAGAGCAGAAGGAGGCGGUCCAUCAGGACAGACAGGAGCUGGACAACAUCAGGAACGAACUCAACAGGUUAAAGCAGCAGGAGAGAUUAGACCCCGCCCCACCCGUGUCUGGCCCCGCCCCUCCUCAGUGUGUGAAUGACAGCGCUGACGAACACCUGAGCCGCCUGCUAGAGGAGAGAGACACUCUGCUCAGGACCGGAGUUUACACCCACGAAGACCGAAUCAUCGCCGAGCUCAGCAGGCAGAUACAGGAAGCCAUGAGGGACAGAGGGAAUCUCUGACAGCGGCUGGAACCGUCCAAUCAGAGACAGUCACUCCUGAGACUGCAGGUAAAGCAGCUCAGAGGCUGUUUACACGUUUGUUUCGGGCUAUUUUCAUCCACAGGCUGCAUUUACACUGUAGCUCAAAACGUCUGUGCCAAAUUUGUAUUUAUCCAGUCCUGCAUGUGCUGCAUGUUGGCAACGAUUUUAAAAUCUGAGCUGUAUCCAGCCUGGGAAAUGUAACAAAUUAGCUUUUUUUUUUUUGCGUUUAGACGAAAAGUCAGGUCAGCAGAAAUUUGAUUUGAGUCAGAUUUUACAUAUGAAUGUGGCUCAAAACAGAGCAAUAAACAUCGUUUUUACUUUUAACUGACCAGAGAUAAAUGUGUCACUUUUACCAGAAAUUGUAAGCGUCGUCUUAAAUCCAGCCUCCAGAGACACAUUUGCCUGCGAGUUGCAAAAGUAAAACGCAUAUAGUCGUGCAGACAUUUUGAUUUCAGGAAAAUAAACUUGGAAGUGAUGGGACUUACGAUACACAACCAUGUGUACCAUUUUUCUUUUUUUUUGGUGAAUGCAUCGUGCAUAUAUAAAAAGACACUUUGUUCACCAAGACAAAGUCACAGAAAGAAGAAAUCUGGCGUCACACAGGUUCAGAACUCGCAGCUGAGAUGUUAUUGCCUGAUUACAAAAUGUGAAACGUUUCUGUGAAUGCUUAAAGGAACAGGUCAGCAUUAUAGGAGCUAAGCUUGUUCACUUUCUUUGUUCAGACAGAUAUGAUUCUCCUGUCUGUGCUUUUCACUGCAGAGCUUGAUGCUAAGCUAGGCUAACAACGUCAUGAGAUGAACUCUCUACCACCAAUAAAUGUGUUGUUAAAUAAUAAAAAGAAUAUAAAGCUUUACACUCGUUUAAUCUUUAAUCAGUUAGUAAACAAAGGCAUUUUUUUCUCUUUAAGACCAAUAAGUUAAAACUUAAUAUAUUUAUUUUUAUAUUUAUAUAUUCACUUACUCAUUUUUAUUUCUAAACUCUCUUGGCACACAUUUGAUCAUGUAUCUGUUUCCCCCAUGCUGAUAUAUUUCUUUUUAUACUUCCUUUAUAUUAUUUAACUAACAAUGUCAUUUAUUGUUGUUUUCUGCUGUAUUUAUGUUAUGAGAGUUUUAUAUCAGCUGGGUGAAAGUGACACUGUUGGGACAACAAACUCCUGUUAUUCACAUUCAGCCAAACUGAGAGAAGAACUAGUGAUAAAUUGUAUAGAUGGUGUAAAAAUGUAACUUUUCCAGAUGCUGUUUGUUUCUUUGUUUGUGUGCUGAAGCAAAUCAGAUUCUUCUUCUGUUUUAUAGCAUCAUUUUAUGUUUGUGUGCUGCAGUCUGAGUCAGAUAAAUAACAUUCACCCCGUUAUGGAGAGGAGGGACGAUUACAGGAACCAGAAUCUCUGUCAGUGUGUGUAGACGUGACCGAGUAAAUGUGAACCUUUCCUUUAAAGGGCCGUGCCACCAGUGUUGCACGAACAUUGAAACUACAAACCGCAGGAAACUGUCAUAACUACAAACCGCUUUCUAACAACAGCGUAACCUGGGAGCGCAGUCCUUGCUGAUGCGUUCAAAGAUGCUCCGACAUCUUGGCAUCUGCACCAUUAUUUUUUAGCGUACAUUGGAGCUGGAAGGAUUAGCUGACUCUUCAAUUUGCUGAACGUUAAGUAACGAUUAAUAAACUAUUUUGAAAGUUGACUUAUUCCCAGAAUUCCCUGGUUCCAGCUACUCAGAUGUGAUUAUUUUGCUGGUUUUCUUUAACUUCUGUGACAGUAAACUGAAUAUCUUUUUGAGUUGUUUGUGAGACAAGCAGUUUGAAGACUCGAUAGAUAUCUGAUUAUAUGGUUGUUUGAGCAGCAGAUGAUUCAGAUCUGAAGCAUUAUUCAACCUGAAGUGACAGAACAGGAUUUUAUUAAAUCUGAGAGUCUGAAGACGUGUUGAUGAGUUCAUGCACAGUCCAAUGGAUUAAUGUUUGCUCUGAUGAGGGCUUUUUAUCUGACAGCAGGUGGCGCUGCAGCCUCAGAAAAGCCUCUCAACACUCCUGUGACCUGCAGGUGCUGUGAGAUAUUAAUUUAUUCUUUAUUAUCAGAGAGCACUCUGAUUUCUGUGUUUGUUGGCAAUAAAUUAUUUUGGGAUAAAA